CCACGCUUCAGAUUUGACUUUAACAACGUAUCGCGAGUCGUAGCCACCGUUCCCAUAGUAGCGGCAGCGGAAUGCUAUGGCGUGCACUGAAGUCGCCAUGGCUUCCCCGGAUCGCCCUGUCCCCACGAUUAUCCGCCCUUGAGAUACCGACCCUUCCUGCGGUGCAGUACCGCACGCGACAUCUACAUGAGCAAGCGCACAGAGAGGUGGUGUCCACUGGGCCAGCCUCAGCGCCCAUAGUCCAACAUGCGAGCCUUCUCGAUAGUGGUUCAAAAUUUGAGCCAGGUCAGAACCACAAAUCGGUGCAGAUAACUGGUUUGGUUCGCAGCGUGCGGAAACAGAAGAAGAUUGCAUUUGCAAGAAUAGCAGAUGGGUCGACGCUGGCGAGCGUCCAAGCUGUAUUUCCUGACCCAUCUCUGGCGAAGGACAUUAGCAAUGGCUCAUAUGUAGCUCUGGUCGGACAAUGGAUUCCGUCCCAGGGCGCUGGCCAGACACAUGAGCUGCAGGUCGGAACGAUUGAAGCUGUAGGGGAAAGCAACCCUCUUGAGAACCCGAUUCAAAAGCAGUCCAUGACUGCCGACUUUCUACGAAGUAUCCCUCAUCUACGUAUGCGAACCGCCUUCCAAUCUCUCCUGGUACGAGCUCGGAGUCGUUUGAGCUCAGCCAUUACUUCGCACUUUCACGAUCGGCCGAGCCCUGUGUAUCAAAUACACCCACCUCUGAUCACGUCCUCAGACUGUGAAGGUGCCGGAGAAGUGUUUACCAUUGCUCCACGGAGUAAAGAGCAAGCACCUGGAACCACAGCCAAUACGACGAAAGAGCAAGAGAGGCUAUACUUUCGAGAUGCGAAAUACUUGACUGUCUCGUCACAAUUACAUCUCGAGGCGUACGCAGCGGAAUUAGGUGACGUAUUUGCAUUUUCGCCGACCUUCCGCGCUGAGGAGAGUGACACUCCGCGGCAUCUUGCCGAGUUCUACAUGCUGGAGGCAGAGCAUCGAGAAGUUGCCCUAGAAGACCUGCUGGACAAAGUGAGGGCUCUUAUCGUGGACUUGACCGAAGCACUACGGUCGCACAGAACCGGUGAAGAACUCCUACAAUAUUACACCGACCAGAAACAUCGUCCUUCCGAUAUCGAGGCUAUGGAUCUGGAGGAGCGAUGGAACAGACUGACUGGUCCAUGGCACACUGUGGAUUACACAUCUGCGAUUAAGGCCCUUUCGGAAGCUCAUGAAUCGAGCGGCGGUAAGCUCUUCGCUACCAGACCUCAAUGGGAAGAGGGUUUGCAACUGGAGCACGAACGAUGGAUUGUUGAAAACCUGGCAGAGGGAAAGCCAGUGUUUGUCACCCACUAUCCGAAAGUAAUCAAGCCGUUUUACAUGCUGCCUUCAUCAUUCCAGCGGUCUAAUCAGCUAUCGGGCUUGUCAGAAGAUGGCGAGUUCGCUGGAGAUCGAGAGACAGUUGCAUGCUUUGACUUACUCCUUCCGUUCGGCUAUUGUGAAGUGGUUGGUGGAAGUCUAAGAGAGCAUCGCCUCGAGAACCUCAUUCACAAUAUGCGCGAGAAGGGCCUCUUGAAGACCGUUGAGCAGAGCAAUGGCAACGCUUAUCCAUUUCUGCAUCCUGAAGAGUCACUCGGGAGCCUCCGGUGGUAUGCGGAUCUCCGCCGGUUCGGAAGUAGUCCGCACGGCGGUUAUGGUUUGGGCUUUGACCGGCUGCUUGCCUACUUGACUGGUGUGAGCAAUGUUCGAGAUGUUGUGGGAUUCCCGCGCACUUGGGGAAGAGCGGACUGCUGAACGAUAUGGAUCCCGCGGGUUGCGACGGUACUCCCACCUGAAGAGAAGCUCAACUUCGAUAAAUCUUGCAAGACUACUUCACCCUGUGUGUGUAUGAUCUACCCAGACUCCUCUCCUUGAGGUGUCCAUGGUACGAGCCAAGGUCUUCCUGUUAACGUCCGGUGGAGGGACACCUAGGUUUGCCCAAAAGUUUUACAACAAAUGCUUACCUUUCUAAAGGAAAUUCCCUGCCUGCAAUGUUAUCGCUUUGGUACCUCUUACAUGUCUGAUUCAUCUUUGACUUCAAUGCAAUCAAGGAAGUUAUUGCGGUGCUGCAAGUGGCCCAGCAUAUCGUGAUCGGCUUCGUCAUGCAUUCCCCAGCAUUCCAUUCCUCUUGUUUAUCAUUCCAGUCGCGUGCAAUACCUAACACAGACCACUCG